ACUCUUGACAUUGCCCUAGAUGUGUUCUAGUCGAGGAGGUAGGGCUUCAGAGACGGGAGUGCACGACGGACGACAGUGGCUGGCGAUAUGACUACCCUCUGCGUAGUGCAGUUUUUGCUGUUGUGUGGAGUGGUAGGAGGCCAGGAACUAGCUGCUUUCAGACAACUAGACAUGUCACCAGAUGACAUGUACAGUCUGGAACAGUACACCAACUUAACCCUUGACGAGAUUCUCACGGCAGCAAACGGAGGCAUGAACGUAUCGAUUCAGAAGAUGGUUGGACCAAAUGGCAUGUUCCUGGCUGAGUUAGACAUGCUGCUGACGGAAGAACAGUUUCGUAAUAUGUAUCAUCCGCCAGAAUAUGGAGAUAUCAAGACGAUGCCGUAUUUUGAACAGAAGAGAAAGAAACGAAAGGCAGUGAGACGAAUAGACUUAAGAUGGCCGAACGGAGAAGUACCGUUCUACCUGACUCCGGGCCAUUUCAAGGCGAAGGAGAGAUAUCUGAUUCGAGUUGCCAUGCGCGAAUGGGAGAAAUACACAUGUGUCCGUUUCCGGGAGGCAACGUCCGAUGACGACAAUUAUAUCCGGUUCCAAAACGGUGACGGGUGUAACUCCCAGUUAGGCAUGGUGGGUGGAGGACAGCUGCUGAACCUGGACCAGAACGGGUGUCGCUGGAAAGGGUUGUAUCUUCACGAGAUUGGGCAUGCCCUUGGGCUUGUUCACGAGCAUCAGCUCCCGAACAGAGACGAGUUUAUCGAAAUCCUCUAUAACAAUGUAGCACCGAGCAUGCGCAUAUGGUUUAACAAAUACUCGACACAGGAGGUGAACCAGUAUGAUGUUCCGUACGAGUAUUCCUCUGUGAUGCACUACGGAGUCACGGCAUUUGCAAAAGAUGGUAAGUCACAGACGAUCCGUGCUAAGGAUCAUUCGAAGGAGGAGACCAUCGGCAAGGUGUGGCGAAAGGAACUCUCCUUUAGUGACGUCAAAGCGGUCAACCGGAUGUACGAAUGUUCAGGUGUUUGUCCGAGGAGUGUCCGGUGCGCGGACGGAGGGAUUGUUGACCAGAACUGCCACUGUAUCUGUCCGGAUGGUACCUCAGAAUGCCAGGAGAACAUAAGGCCCAGGAAACCCAAGGCAGAAACUUGCCUGAACGAGUACGACAGUUGGAAAUGCUAUGUGUGGUCUACACAGGGCGAGUGUAAACUCAACACCAAGUUCAUGAACCGCUACUGUCAGAAAGCGUGUGGCUUAUGUGGUAGCGCGGGGACCAAUGCGGAAGGAAAUCACGUGGCAACAUGGGCAUGGCAAUGGCUAGGUAUCUUCACGAAUCUGUUCCCAAAGAACUGGACUGUGGAGGAGUGCCACAAUAAGCACAGCAAUGAAAAGUGUGACAGCUGGGCUAAGAACGGGGACUGCGUGGUCAACGAGGUCUGGAUGAAGGUCAACUGUAAAAGCACGUGCGGCAUGUGUUCCAAUAACAAUACAUUGGCUACUAAGAAUUGUGGAAACGUACACACAAACUCUUCCCAGUGCGAGAUCUGGGCACGCAAAGGGGAGUGUAUGGUCAACAGGGAGUGGAUGUACAAUAAUUGUAGAGGGGCGUGUCGACUUUGUGAACAGGAUAUGCAUCCAGACACGGACACGCCCCUUAGAGAUGAAACCGACGACAGCCAAAACGAUGACCCUCAAGGAUGUCGAGACAAACACAACACCCGUGAAUGUCUCAAGUGGGCAAGUAGUGGGGAGUGUACACGUAACCCGGACUGGAUGGUGCCUAACUGUCGGAAGUCAUGUAAUCGCUGUAAUGAUGGAUCAUGCAAGAAUCUCUAUGACGAUAAGAAGUGCACAUUGUGGGCCCAGGAUGGCGAGUGUAUGAAAAACCAUCGCUGGAUGCCAAAAAAUUGUAAAAAGGCUUGUGGUGAUUGCGAUGAUAGUACCACGGAUGAGGAGAUUGAAGAGGACAACAACGAUGGAGGGAACGAUGAAGACAUCCAGGACACCGAUGAUGAAGAUACUUCAGAAGGCUGCAGGAACUAUCACAAUGACAAAGACUGUGACACGUGGUCUAAGAGCGGACAUUGUGAUAUCAAUCCGGGCUACAUGAAAACCAACUGUAAACGCUCGUGCGGAGUGUGUGCAAGUACUCGCGAGGACGACGGUUCGAGAGAUGGACGCGAUGACCACGACGAGGACAUAGCAAACGACGAUGGUCGAGGACAUCAGGACGAUGAGAUAGACACAGACUCAAAAGAUGACGACAUGAACACUAAAGAAGAGGAAGAGGAGGAAAAGGAGGAGGAAAUAGACACUGGUCAGAGGGAGGACACCGAAACUGAGGUCACCACACGUCCGCCACUAGCCUGUGUAGACGACCAUACGAGUUGUGAGGCCUGGGCUAAGGUGGGAUACUGUAGGAACAAUGCCGGCUAUAGCCUGAGAGCCUGCCGCAAGGCUUGUAAAAACUGUAACAGUGUAUGCAUUGAUGAACACAUUCUGUGUCCAAUGUGGGCGAAAUCAAAUCAAUGUGAUUCCAACCCGGGGUAUAUGCUGCGAUUCUGCCACAAGUCCUGCAGAGUGUGUUAGAUAUGGUGUGGUGAAACUGGUUUAUUUCAUUGACAUUAGUAGAUAACAUGGUAUAUAUCCGCCUCAAGUGCGCUCUAGACCUUAUCGUUGGUAUGACGGACCAAUCGAAUGAGUUACUCUUCAAGUAUUGUCCCAAAUAUCUGCAAUUAUAUGCUGUGUAUAUAUUACAUUGAUAGCUAAAAAGAAUAUUAUGUCAAUCGUUCACUAGACAUGAUACUUAAACAGCAUCGCUUUUAAAAUGUAUGUUUUCGUAAAAUAAUGUAAAUAAAAACUCUUCUCUGUC